UUUUCCAACACCAACACUGUCGCGUCCUCAUGCCGCUAUUCGACAUCCCAGGCUGGUCUGUACCCAGCGAGCCUGUCUCCGAACUGUCUCCCAAUACGAAGAAGCGCAAGCGACACUCCGAUGCCAGCGAACCUCCCGCGAAUCUCGACAAACUCGUGGAACACCUCAAAACAGCCGCCACGAACGAUCCCACUACGAGCCCGCAAGCUCGUUCCUUCCUCGAGAAGCGCGCUCAGAAGAAGAGAGAGAAGAAGGCGAAAGCGCACGAAGCGAAGAAGGAGCGCAUCUCCUUGCCCAAGCCGUUGCACAAGGCAACGCAUGAGGAGGCGUCUACACGUCCUCACAAGAAGAUGAAAAGUGCGCCUCCUGCAGAUACACCCGAUGCAGCUGUCGCUGAGGUAGCCUCUUCGUCUACGAAGCCCGCGAGCAGCAAAGGAAAGAACAAGCGCACGGCUCCCACACGCACCUCUCCCAAGCUGGACGCCGACGACGCACCCUCCGAAAGCUCCUCAAGUGGCUCUCUCACCACUCUGCAGAAAGCCAUGCGGGACAGUCUCGACGGCGCUCGAUUUAGGCUAAUCAACGAAACUUUGUACAAAAAUGCCAGUGAACGCGCCAAAGGAAUGAUGCAGGAGGAUCCUCGCAUGUUUGAAGAUUAUCAUGCAGGCUUCCGUCGUCAGGUCCAAUCAUGGCCGACGAACCCUGUGAACCACUACAUCGCCACCCUCUCCCGUUAUCCCCCACGCACCGUCAUUGCAGAUCUCGGCUGUGGUGACGGCGCCCUUGCUCGCGCUCUAGUGCCCAAGACCUUCACCGUAUUGUCGUUCGACCUGGUGUCGGACGGUGGCUAUGUCGUGGCGGCGGACACUUGCAGUCAUGUACCGCUACCAGGCUCCGAGGGCACAGAAGGAGAGAAGUCUGCGGGGGAAGGUCAGGUUGUCGAUGUGGUCGUCUGCGCCCUGAGCUUGAUGAGUACGAACUGGCCGGGGUGCAUCCGGGAAGCUUGGAGAAUAUUGAAGGAAGGAGGGGAGCUGAAAGUUGCCGAAGUGACAAGUCGCUUUACGGAUGUCGAUCGUUUCAUUGCCCUUCUGGGCGCCAUAGGUUUCAAGCUGAAGUCCAAGGACGAAAGCAACUCGCAUUUCAUGCUCUUCGAGUUCAAGAAGGUCGCGCGGAAGUGGAAGGCAGAGAAGGAUUGGCAGGCUAUCCUGACCAAAGGGGACCUAUUGAAGCCGUGCGAAUACAAGAGGAGAUGAUAGUAGCUGUUGAGUCGCAAUGCCAUCGCCCGCCGAGCGUUGCUCGUCAUCUAAAGCUUCA